UUACGUCAUGACGCACUUCCCCCUGGACUUCCUGCUCCGGGUCAUGAUCAACGUGGUUCCUGAUGUUUUGAAACGUGUAGCGUUAAAUCUAUGAUCCAAAUGGGGGAGUUUAAGGUGCACCGGGUACGCUUCUUUGACUACAUGCCCAGCGCCAUCCGGUCCAUGGCCUUCAACAGCCAAACGGAGCGGCUGGCCGUGGCCCGAGCAGACGGCGCCGUGGAGAUCUUUAACUUUGCUGACAACUACUUCCAGGAGAAGAUCAUCGCCGGGCGGGACGGGCGGUCCAUCGAGGCGCUUUGCUGGGUCGGCUGUCGUUUGUUCAGCGCCGGUUUGGACGGGGAGAUCACAGAGUAUGACUUGGAGAACCUGAGGCCUCGGUACAGCAUCGAGGCCUACGGAGGACCAAUCUGGACAAUCAGCAGCAACAGCCAGGGGAUGCAGCUGGCGGCUGGCUGUGAAGACGGGACUGUGAAGAUGUUUGAGGUCCUGGAGGACAGGAUUCAGUUCCAGACGAACCUCAGCAGACAGAAAGGUCGGAUCAUAUCGCUGUCCUGGCAUCCGUCUGGUGCUCAGAUAGCAGCAGGAAUGAUGGACAUGAUCAAGAUCUUUGACUCAGAAACAGGCCAGGCCACUCACAGGCUGCUGGUGGACCGAGGCGUUGGAACCUCAAAGAGCCAGGAGGUGGUGGUGUGGAGCGUCGCCUUUCUGAGCGACCACACCAUCAUCAGUGGCGAUUCUGCAGGAAAGGUCCAGAUCUGGGAUGGGUUGACUGGAACUCUGAUCAGAACCCAUCUGGUCACUAAGUGGGAUGUCCUGGUUCUGGCCGUUUCACAGGACGAGAGCAGUGUGAUCGCCGGGACGUCUGAGGGAACCAUUGUCCAGUUCCAGUUCCUCUCCUCCGCUGUGGGCCAGCAGGACAAGCUCUGGGUCCAGACCAGAACCUUGAAGAACCACUCGCAUGACGUUAGGGCGCUGGUUCACACCGACACGGCCGUGGUUUCUGGAGGUAUGGACACCCAGUUGGUGGUGAGACCCCUGCUGGACAAAGUGGAGAAGUACAGCCAGGAGUCUGCGCUUCGUAAAAUUGCUUUCCCUCAUAAAAACCUUGUUAGUUGUGCAAAGAAAGCUGGACUUCUGCUCUUCCAGUUCCCGGACCAUCUGGAGCUGUGGAGGCUUGGAGAGAGCGACAGAAAUGGAACACCUGGAGAGAGUCUACCUGUGAAGAGGAAACCAGAGAAACUGAUCCAGCUGAAGACAAAGGGCGAGGACCAUAUCUGCUGCAGCGCGUUGUCUCCGUGUGGAAGCUGGUUAGCUUACGCCACCGUUGCCGCCGUUCGUCUCUACAGGCUGCAGCUCAGCAGCAACAACGUCAGCAUCCAGAAGGUGUCCAAGCUGCCCAGGGAGCUGAAGUCGGUGCAUCAGCUCUGCUUCUCCUCGGACUCCUGCAGGCUGUUCGCCUCUUCCAGCUUCUCCUCCGUCGUCGUCGUCGCUCUCGACCAGACGGACUGUAAAUACCUUCACACCCUCAAACACAAGUCUGGCUCCAAACAGCCGAUCCACAUCCUGUCUCCCAGUGAAGACGGUCAGUGGCUCGCGACGGCGAACACAGACUGCGAGAUCCACGUCUUCAACCUUCGAAAGAUGAAGCUGCACUGCUCGGUCCCGGCCUACAGCUCCUGCCCCACGGCCGUCUCCAUCCACCCGACCAGCGGCAACCUCGUCUCCGUUCACGCCGACCAGCAGAUCUUUGAGUUCUCCCUGAAGCAGAAGGAGUACAGCGAGUGGAGCCGGCAGCUGCAGAGGCAGGGCCUGCACCCGCUGUGGCUGCAGCGCGACACGCCCGUUACCCAGAUCACCUUCAACCCCAACAACCCGGCGCACAUCAUGCUGCACGACGUGUUCAUGUUCUGCAUCAUCGACCAGAGUCUGCCUCUUCCUGAAGCGAAGUCGAAGUUCUACAAUCAGAGGAUCCUCCGGAGUCUUCCUGAGCCCCAGAGGCUCAGAGAAAGCCACGCCUUCAAGGCCUGCAAGAACUUCCAGCACCUGCUGUCUGUGAACCUGCUGGAGGAUCUGUCUCUGGUUGUGGUGGAGCGCCCCCUGGUGGACAUCGUGUCUCAGCUCCCCGCUCCUGUGCGGCAAAAGUUGUUUGCCACCUAAACAGCGAUCAAGUCAUCAUGAUCACAGUUAUUUCUCCAGUUUGUUGGAGAUGUUUUGAUAAAGUAAAAACUGAGAACCAGC